CUCAUCUAUUCUUUGAUAGUACGGAUCCAUACAGAGUACACAUUUGUUGUACCUCCUCGGAGUAAUACCGACAAACGGGAUUUCAGUCAACUUCCUCCCCACUAUCAAUUGGCCAAUCGGUCAAAAGAGCCACAUGACGUCUGAUGCAGUGUCAAUGGCCGCCGCGCCGGCAGAUCGUAGACGACGCCUCGCAAAGGCCUGCGAUCCUUGCCGGAAAAGAAAGCUUCGUUGCGACGGCGUCCGGCCAGUAUGCACCCGCUGCCACCAUCUCACCGCCCGCAACGCCCGCAGCGCCCCGUGCCAUUACGCUGAUGUCCACAAGCUCGCGGCGCGCCCGCGCCGACGCCGCAACCCCGAAGACACCAGCCGACAACAUGAAGCUCAUAGUGCUAGUCCUAAUCCUCCCCUGCCAGGUGAAGACGAUCUGGGCAGCUCCAACAACGACUCUCCAGCUUCAAGACUACCUCCCAACGUUGCCGUCGGCGCGCAUUCCCCGUCGCGGAGUACUCGUUCGCAACAGAUUGGCAGCGCCGCGUCCGCCACGCCUCUCAGAGAGGAUGCACGUCGCACAAGUUCUGGGUCCACGUGGCGAGCGGAAAGUGUGAAUAUUCCCAGACCAGUUUCGGACACCAUAGUAGGAGGAAGUGCAGAUAUGCGAUUCUUUGGUAUGCGCCUACAUAUGGAAUGCGCUCUUACGGGACACUAAAUACCAUGUUUUGAAGGUCCACCCGCCGGAAUCUCUCUCGUGCCGAUUGGUACCGCGUCUCGACAGCCUGAACAAUCGGAUCAAUAUAACACACAGCC